GUAUAUGCGAAUAUGUUUAAAUAAAUCAUGUUACAUAGAAACUCUAAAAAAAAAAACUGCUGCCUGCCUAGUUUCACUCAAUCAUGUCCAGGACCUAUUACAAUCUCUUUUAGCUGCUCAAGCAACUCCUUUCUUCUCGUCUCUCUCUCUCACCUCCCUCCCUCUCUCUCUCAGCCCACCAAACUUUCAAGAAAAACCACCAAAAGGAAGAGCAAAAAACCAUGUCUUCCCCAAGCAAGCGCAGAGAAAUGGACUUGAUGAAACUGAUGAUGAGUGAUUACAAGGUGGAGAUGAUGAAUGAUGGCAUGCAAGAGUUCUAUGUGCAUUUUCAUGGACCAAGUGACAGUCCUUACCAAGGAGGUGUGUGGAGGAUAAGAGUCGAGCUUCCAGAUGCUUAUCCUUAUAAAUCUCCUUCCAUAGGCUUUAUUAAUAAGAUCUAUCACCCGAAUGUAGAUGAAAUGUCUGGUUCUGUCUGCUUAGAUGUUAUUAAUCAGACUUGGAGUCCCAUGUUUGACUUGGUAAAUGUGUUUGAAGUGUUCCUUCCACAACUUCUCUUAUAUCCAAAUCCAUCAGACCCACUCAAUGGGGAGGCAGCUGCUCUGAUGAUGCGUGACCGAACUUCCUAUGAACAAAGAGUCAAAGAAUAUUGUGAGAAAUACGCCAAGGCAGAAGAUGUUGGCGAAGCCCCAGAAGAAAGUUCAAGUGAUGAUGAAAUGAGUGAAGCCGAAUAUGACUCUAGUGACGAGGUAAUGGCUGCUGGUCCAGUUGAUCCAUAGCAAUAUCUCAUCUAUGUAUAUGUACAUAUAUGCCGUGCUCAAUGAUAGCAUGACGCUACUAGAAAGACAAAUUAUCUGGAGGGAUUUACCGAAGAAGUCUCCCAUCCAUUUCAUCUAUCAAUGUAAAUAUGUAUGAAAUAACCAUUCAGACCAUGUUGUAAAUUCUUUUUUCUUGUUUGUACUGUGUGAUUUCACUGCAAUGAAACUAGAAAGUAACUUGAGAUCU